UGGCAACGUUACCCCAUAUCAAUGAUUGACAGAAGUGUAACCUACAAUUAAUAAUUAAUAACACAAGACAAAUAAAUUUUAAUACAGAGAAGAAUUGGAAAUGGCUGAAAAUCCAGAAGUAACCAAUUCUAAUGAGGACAAAGAAUUGUCCGACUUAUUAGAUAGUGCUCUCAAGGAUUUCUCCAGCUCCCAGGACAAAAAAGACAAUGCAAAAUCUGCUUCGAGCAGCACUAAGGAAGAGGAGGAAGAUGAAAAUUUGGAAGGUGAAUGGAACGAAGAACUUAUAAAAACACUAACUCAAUGUUACAAUUCGGAUAUGAUGAAAAUGUUCAGUCCGGGAGCACCAUCAAUGUCCGAAAAGGAUAUCGGCGAUGCAAUCAAGCAAAUAGCUGGUAAAACUAAAUCCUUCAGUACCCCAAGAACUGCUCCAAGUGAUACUGGAACCCUUUCAGCUAGCGGCCAAGUGUUUUUAAACCAAGAUGGGGGAGAAAUGUUCCCGGAUUUUGAAGAAACAAUCUCGCAGGCUGUACAAGAGCUCACUCAGGGCUUGGAUAAGAGUAAACUGAACGAUGUGAUGGCCGGAGGUGAUCCUAAUGCAUUUUUCUCGUCCUUCAAUCAGAAUAUGAUGCAAUGUUUACUGUCCAAAGAGGUGCUUCAUCCUGCUUUGAAGGAGAUCUUGGAUCAGUUCCCAGAUUGGUUGAAGAAUAAUAAGGAAAAAAUCAGUGCGGAAGAUUAUCGGAGGUACGAAACACAAGAAAAAUUGAUAUCUCAAGUUUGUGGUAUUUUGGAGAAAGAGCAAGAUUCAGACAGUAACGAUGUCAAAAAUAAGAGAUACGAAGAGGUGCUUGAACUUAUGAUUAAGCUUCAAGAUUACGGUCAGCCGCCAGUUGAGUUGGUGGGGGAAGUGAAUCAGGUGGAUCCAAAAAAUUGCGUUGUUAUGUAACGGCAGUGGAAAUAAUAUAAUUUUGAAUACUAGUGUAUAAUUUAUGAUUAGUGUUGGCUUGUGUAAGAGAUAGUGAAGCAAGAAAAUGAUUUGAAGGAAUUUUUUCAAAUU